UAAAAAUUCCAGCUGACGCAAAAAAAAAUACAGUCACCUUUAUUUCUCCUCCCCCACGUGUCCCAUCUCACACUUGUUCCGUGCACCCACUCGUCACUCUAUCAAAACUCCCUUCCCAUCUUCUCCCUCUCACAGCCUGUGGUUCGUUUACACUCUCUCUCUCUCUCUCCUCUCUCCUCUCUCCUCCCCUAGAGAGAGAAAGAAAGAAGAAGAGCUGAGCAAAACAACAAAAUCACAACAAGAGAAUCUCUCUCUCUCUCUCUCCCUGACAUAUAUAUAUAUACACACACACACACGCACUGUAUAUAUACUCAUCGGCAUUUUCGCUCGUCGUCGUUUUUGGGGCGCAAUGAAGCUCAAGCAACCGUCCAAUUCGGCCUCGCAGACCCUCACCUCGUCGGAGACGCGCCUCCUCGUUCGCGAGACGUUUCGCAUCAGCGCUAACCUUGCCUCGGCGCCUCCGCCGGCGCCCGCGGCGGCGGAUCAGGAGCGGAUUUCGCUCCGGGAUUCUAACUUCGGCGGACUCGUCGAGGAUCAAUUUUUGAAUUCGAGCUUGAAGUUGAUCUGCUGCGAGGAGAUUGACGGCAGACGGUGGCAAUACUUCGCCGACAAUGAAAUUAGUGUUCGGAGUGGCGGUUCCAAGCAAUUGAAGAAGAAUUCUAUUCGUGCUGUCAGUUUGCAGAGUCCCCAGGCCCCCAUUGAUGAGUUAUUGGCAUUUGUAAGGUCCUACGUUGUCCCGGAAGGUUUUCCUGACAGUGUCACACCUUCUUAUGUGCCGUACAUGAAAUGGAGAGCUUUGAAGCACUUUUUUGGCGGAGCAAUGGGCGUAUUCACAACGCAAACACUCCUUAGUUCACUUGGAGUAUCCAGGAACAACGUUAUGCCAGGUGCUGUAGCUAUCAACUGGAUUCUCAAGGAUGGCGCUGGACGGGUUGGGAAGAUGCUUUUUGCUCGGCAGGGAAAGAAAUUUGAUUAUGAUCUAAAGCAGCUACGAUUUGCUGGUGAUCUCCUAAUGGAGUUAGGAGCUGGGGUGGAGUUGGCAACUGCAGCUGUUCCCCAUCUAUUUCUUCCAUUGGCAUGUGCUGCCAAUGUGGCUAAGAAUGUUGGUGCUGUGACAUCAACUUCCACUCGAACUCCAAUCUACAAAGCCUUUGCUAGAGGAGAAAAUAUUGGAGAUGUGACUUCCAAGGGAGAAUGUGUUGGAAAUAUUGCUGAUCUGCUCGGAACUGGACUGAGCAUAAUGAUUUCUAAGAGAAACCCCUCCUUGUUCACCACAUUUGCUCUGCUCUCAUGUGGAUAUGUCAUGAGCUCGUAUCAAGAGGUGAAAUCUGUUGUUCUGCAUACACUUAAUCGUGCACGAUUCAAAGUGGCAGUAGAAUCAUUCCUGAACACAGGGCGAGUUCCAAGUUUGCAAGAGGGAAAUUCAAUGGAAAAUAUUUUCAGUCCCCCAUGGCAAAAACACAAACCUAUUGUUGUUCUCGGGCCAAGAUUUAAAGAUGCAUUCCAAGACCCUAAUUCAUUUCUUGCUUUAGAGCCCAUUUUCGAGAAAGAACAGUACCUCGUGACGUAUAAUCCUUCUAAGGGAGAUAUAUGUGCCUUGUUCAAGGAUCAAGCAAAGUCCGAUGAUAUAUUGAAAGCAGCUUUUCAUGCGCAUGUGCUUCUUCACAUCAUUAGUUCAUCCAAUCAAAACCAACGCUCCUCUAUUAAACAAGAGCAUGAUCUUUCAGCUGCGUUGCCUACGUUGGGUGAUCUUCAGUCUCAUAUUGCGGAGUCAUAUAAGAUGGUAUCAGCAUUAUAUGGGCCUUUCAAAAACAAGGCUAAGGAACAGGGAUGGGUUAUGUCAGACUCGCUACUUAAUCCUGGCAGAGCUAGACUAUGUGGAUUGGUCUGAUAAGAGACAUUGCUUAAAGUCGUGAAAAUAUUUCGGUAAAGAUUCCAAAGAUAAUAUAUAUUACUUGGUCGUCAAAUCGACAUGGAAUAUGCUGUGGAAAAUGGGGCAUGCUUAAGCAAUACGUGGCCCGAAUCCUUGUAAUAAUACAAUCAGUUUCCUCUGCAUGUCGACAAAAAUCUGGUAUUCGUAUUUCAACUGAUGCAUAUGCAGAUAUGGUGGUAAAGGUUGGAUGCCAUGUUUUUUUUUCCAAUCGUAUAGGUAUGUUUUUAACUUAUCUAAACGUCUUUUUUUUUUCUUCUUCUAAUGCAUGAAAUUUCAUGUGCCUCGAGACGAUUCGUAUUUAUAGUAAUGUAUAAUCAGUUUUGAUGAUCUGAUUUUUCAUCUACUUUCUAUGUCGUCCUUUCGAUACA